GGCUGUUCCGGAGGUGGAGGCGUUCGGCCUGUGCGGGUGCCUUCUGGGUGCCGCGCUAUUCCUUCUCCCUCCGGUCCCGUGGGUGUGGGGGACGAGGGUGAUCUGAUCCCCUGUGGCUGCGGUUCCCGGAGCGCCAGCACGGGAAUGGGUUUCCCUACCUCCCUCGGGAAGUUACACCGCUGAACCCGCCCGGAGCCCCUCCAAAGGUUCGAGUGGCGUCGUGUCCCCGGGGAGGAGGAGAGCGGGGCAGGGCCGGCCGUCCCCGCGGGCAUCAUGGACCAGAGCGUGGUGGAGCACCCGGUGACCCUCAUCAUUAAGGCCCCCAACCAGAAAUACACUGACCAGACCAUCAGCUGCUUUCUGGAGUGGACUGUGGGGAAGCUGAAGUCCCACCUCGCUAAGGUGUACCCCAGUAAGCCGUCUACAAAGGAUCAGAGACUGGUGUAUUCUGGCAGACUGCUUCCUGAUCAUCUGCAGCUGAAAGAUGUUCUCAGAAAACAAGAUGAAUAUCAUAUGGUUCACCUGGUAUGUACAUCUCGGACACCCCCAAGUUCUCCAAAACCUGGCACCAGUAGAGGUCACGGAGCAUCAACCUCCAGCAGUACCUCAAAUUUAGAGGGUUCUGCGUCAACUGCUGCCUCGCCCACAAACCAAGAAGCUUCUACGUCUUUGAACACUAGUGCCGAUGGAGUGAGGCAUCGUAAUCUUCCACAAGCACACAGCAAUCCCACGCCAAGCCACCAGUUCCCUUAUUUAAUGCAAGGCAAUAUAGGCAACCAAUUUUCUGGCCAAGGUAUUCCUGCUGGGUUUUCUAUGUAUCCUGCAUUCAGUCCCUUACAGAUGAUAUGGUGGCAACAGAUGUAUGUCCAUCAGUACUACAUGCAAUACCAAGCUGCUGUUUCAGCCCAAGUGACUUCCAGCGCUGAGCCAGCAAGAUCUGCAGUUGCCCAGGCUGUAAAUUCAGAACAUGCUCCUGCAAAUGAACCUGCAGCAGUGCCAAAUGUAGCUGUCCAGGAGAACAGGCCUGUAAACCAAAAUGUUCAGAUGAAUGCACAGGGUGGCCCAGUAGUGAAUGAAGAGGACUUCAACCGGGACUGGCUGGACUGGAUGUACACAUUCUCCAGAGCUGCAAUUCUUCUGAGCAUUGUAUACUUCUAUUCUUCUUUCAGUCGGUUUGUCAUGGUAAUGGGAGCCAUGCUGCUGGUUUAUUUACACCAAGCUGGAUGGUUUCCCUUUAGGCAAGAGGGAGGCCAGCAACAGGCAGCCAAUAAUGCAGAAGUGAAUCGUGAUGGGCAACAUGCAAAUAAUCCUGGUCUUGAAGAGAUGGAGCAACUUAUGGAUGAUGGGAUUGAUGAAGACCUUGGAGAAGAUGCAGGUGAAGAUGGCAAUACAGAGCAGCAGCCUGGAUUCAUGGCUUCUGCUUGGUCUUUUAUCACAACCUUCUUCACAUCACUGAUUCCUGAAGGGCCUCCACAGGUUGGCAAUUAAAAUGGAAAAGGAACUGUCAGCCAGCCUUAGUAGCCAUACAUAGAAGUGGAGUGGAUUCUACAGUGUUCUAAAUACAGUGCAAUUUCUGAAAAUUUAUAAUGUUAUCUUUCUGAUCAUGGUGUACAAAAAUGUGUAUUUUUUUUUUCUUUUGGCUUUCUCAUGCAUUGAAUAUUUUAAGCACAAGUGGACUACUAAAUGCUUUCUUUAAGAUUCUUCUUUUUCUGAAGAAUAAAAUGUAAAGAUACUGGUCUUCCAUGUUUUGUUUUAAUUUCAAAUCUGUGUUACACUGAGGCACAAAGCUUGUAUGUAAUCUGUACCAUUACCUCUUUAAAGAGCUGUUAAAAUAAGAAUGUUGACAAACCUUUCCAAAUGCUUUCUAUUUAUCUGAAUAAUGUAUCUUGUGUUUGAUGUAGGGUAUGGAUCGUCACAUGGGUUUUGGAACGUAUAUAAAAGAAUGCACUUAGCACAAGGGUUACUUGUUAAUGGCAUGUUGUCUUCAUGUCAGAAAAUAGUAAACUUCAUUUAAAAAGCUGAGAGCUUUUUCUUGAGACUGUACUGAAGUUCAUUAAAUUUGGAGGUAUUUGACAGCUCUUCAAAGACAAUUGGCAGUGAUAGGAUAGACCUUAAAUAUUUCAUACGUACAGUACUUUUUAAGGAGAAUAUAACUGCUGGGGCAAAACAUGUACACUAGGUUUUUUAAUAAAAACUAUUAUGGUAACUCUUUUGGGUGGUUAUAUGCGUAUGUGAAUGCAGUUGGCUAAAUCGUGCCUCCUUGAGGAUAUGAUUAAUUUGAGAGUGUAAUAAAGUUAUCAUGGUGGCAUUACUGACAUUGACCAAAGUGAUGUUUGUAGCAGCGUGACAACAGACUAUCUGUAUUCCUUAACUUCAUUAACCUAAUUAAAACUGAAAAAGAAAGUGGUACAUGAGAAAGUAGUAGAGUGCUAUGUCAGGUUUUUGGUUGCUUUCCUUAAUCAUAGUCAAGAAGGUACAUUUGGUUUUGUUCUUAAUUCUGAAGUUAACCUGUGGUCUCUAACUUAAAAAUGUCUGCAAAGAUUCUGCUACACUACUAUGGAAGGAAAGCCUAUUUGACUUCCAAGUACAGGACAAAGCUCUUGAAUAUUCUGAAUGAGUGAUAAAUAAGGAUUUCUUUUUUGCUUGCUUAUGUUAAACUGCUAUGCAGCAAAGUUUUUUAAACCCAAAGAAAAGCAAAGUUUUUACAAGUUGAUCAGAAGAGAGAUAGAAAUGUAAGUCUUAAAAGCAUGAUUAUGUUAUUUGCUUUAUAGGUAGCAAUGAUAAGUUGUUUUUAAUUAUAUUUUCUUCUUUUUUCUAUACUAUGGAAAGCUGCUUCAAAUCAGGAAAAAAAAUGUAAAACUCAUGGGGUGAGAUAAGAACAGUCUAAUAAUUGAGAUAAAUUGCAAUACAAUGGUAAUGCUGAUAAUUGUAGUAAAAAAAGAGUACAGAAAAUACCCAAGAAACAUGAGGCACAAUACAGUUACUCACCACCUGCUGAUGAAUGACCAGCCCCUCUCUGAGCUGCACCUCACACCGUUUGGGAUAGCUUCCCCCAGUUUAUAUCCUGGGCAUGACUCUCUAUGCUUGGAAUAUGCAUUUGGCCAGUUCAGGUUAGCUGUCUUGGCCAUAUUCCCUCAUAGCCUCUUGUGUGCCUGCUCCUGGCAGAGCAUGGGAAACUGAAGAGACCUUGAUUUGGGGUAAGCACUGCUUAGCAACAACAGAAACAUCAGUGUGUUAUCAGUAUUGUUCUCACAUUCAUUCCAAAACAAUAGCACUUCACAGUACUGGCUACUAAAAAAGAAAAUGAAUUCAGCUGCCAAAGCUUCCAGGGUGUGUUAUGAAAGAUUUGAUGCUGCUGGUAUUCAAGUUAUUAAGGGGAUUAAUGCCAGCAUGGCUGUUCCUGUGGUGAGGUACUCUUCUUUUAAGAUUCCAGUGUUGGUAUAGGUGGGAUGAUGCAAACUGGGAAUAAAUUACUUCAUCCCUCACAGCCUUUGUUUGUUUCAAAUCUGCUACUUGUCCAACUAAUAAGGUAAGAGAAGGUUUUAUCAUAAUUCCCACCCUCCAAAUAAAUAGCGCAUUUGGCCAUUCUGCAUAGUGGUGACUCUGCAAGAGCAAGUACCUGUUCAGCUGCAGCUUCGUACUCUUGGCUGGAUUUAUUCACUUGCAGCUGUCUAAGCUUUUGCUUCUGAAGGAAGCGGGGUGAGUAAUGUGAACACUUACCAGUUUAGACUUAUUUAGAGGACAAUCAACCCAGUAGCACUGAUUGUAGAGGAGGGAAUGGACCUAAAGGAACCCUCCAGAAAGAAGCUAGGACUGCGGAACUUCUUUUGCAUUUGCAGAGGCAAGCACAUUGUCCAGUGGGAGAAUUGCCAUGGGGCAGCAUUUCCACUUCUUUACUGAGACAAUUUUUCAUUUUAUCAGGAUUAGUUUGUACUUGUUUUUAGACUUUGUUUAAAUGACAUGAGGAAAUGUUGCUGAAUAACAAUAAAUAUUUUUUUUUCCUUU